AUGAGCAAAUAUCACAGAUUAAACGAGCACGGCGGCGGCUCCAACUCUGACUUGGACUACGACGCCGUCGACUCCUCAAACCCGCCAGGCAGACCUUCCCCAUUGCACUCGUCCAACUACACCAACAAUCAGGGCGAGAAACACCCGCUACAGCCGUUGGGCCACUUGAGCAACUUGGACAGCAGCUACGAAAAACCAGCACACGAGCACGUGAGCUCGAGCUCGGGGAGCCGAGGAUCCCUUGACUCGGAACCCGUGAUGAUAAAGAGCAAAGCUAAUGACUCGGGCGACGGCAGUGAUAACUUCAGUGUUGGAGACGGUGAUAACAGCGACGGUGGUGACUCCUUCGCUGAGUGGGAUACCAUUGACACGGCAACAGAGGAAGAUCGCCUCAGACGGCGCGACUUGGGCCCUCUGGUGGAUAGUGGAGUCCGGAUGGAUAAUUACGGCAACUCAUAUGAGCAUGUAGACUUCGAUGCAAGGAAGUACACGCGGAAGCUCAAGUUCAAGGGGAAGAAGUUGGUUUACUUUACCUCGGCGUUUGUAUCGUUGUUUGUGUCGCUUUUCGGAUACGAGCAGGGCGUGUGCUCGGGGAUCUUGACGUUUGUCACUUUCAAGAUGUACUUCAACUACCCGACAGCCACCGAGAUUGGGUUGGUGAUUUCCAUCUUGGAGAUUGGCGCCAUGAUCUCAUCGCUCAUGGUGUCGAAGAUCUCUGACAGCAUUGGGCGCAAGCGCACGAUCUUGCUAGGAACAGUCAUUUUCAUGUUGGGCGGGUGUCUACAGUCAUUUGCAACCAACUUGUGGGUUUUCGGCGUGGGCAGAGUGUUCAGCGGGUUUGGCGUCGGUAUAUUAUCCACUAUGGUUCCCUCGUACCAAUGUGAGAUCUCUCCGUCCGAGGAUCGUGGUAAGCUUGUCUGUGGUGAGUUCACUGGUAACAUUGCCGGCUACUGCUUGAGUGUGUGGAUCGAUUACGCUUGCUACUUCAUUCAGGACAUUGGAGACGCCAGAGAGAACCCAGACGCUCUUGCUGCCAAUGUUUCGUGGCGGCUUCCGCUUUUUAUCCAAGUGAUAUUGGCGAUCAUUCUAUUCCUAGGCGGUUUCUUUGUUGUCGAAAGCCCUCGAUGGCUCUUGGACGUUGACAUGGAUCAGCGAGGCUUCCAUGUGCUCUGUCUUUUGUAUCACGAUGACCCAGACCCGCUUAAAGCGGAGCACGAGUUCUUCCUUAUCAAAAAUAGUAUUCUCGAGGAGAGAAUCAAAAUUCCCAAAAAGGAGAGAUCGUGGAGACACAUGUUCGGCCACUACAGGCUUCGUAUAUUCAUCGCAUGCUCAGCGUUGGCGUUCGCCCAAUUCAAUGGCAUCAACAUCAUAUCUUACUACGCCCCCAUGGUGUUUGGAGAAGCUGGCUUCAAGGACUCCAUGGCACUUCUUAUGACAGGAGUGAAUGCUACAGUAUACUUACUCAGUACCGUUGCGCCCUGGUUUUUAGUGGACCGGUGGGGCCGCAAACCUAUUCUUAUUAGCGGAGGCCUAUUAAUGGGGGUGUGUCUCAGCUUCAUUGCGUUUGUCAUGUGGCUCGAUGUGGAGGCGACGCCGCUGUUGGUUGCUCUCUUGGUGGUGAUAUACAAUGCUGGCUUUGGCUACAGUUGGGGUCCUAUCGGGUUCCUCAUCCCACCAGAAGUGUAUCCCUUGGCGGUGAGAUCAAAGGGUGUGUCGCUUUCUACGGCAACCAACUGGCUAGCCAACUACAUUGUGGGCCAGCUCACGCCAAUCUUCCAGGAGACUAUAGGAUGGGCCAUGUAUAUUUUCCCAGCAAGCAGCUGUGCGCUUUCGAUAUGCACGGUAAUGUACUUUUACCCUGAGACGAAGGGGGUGGAGCUCGAGAACAUCGACCAGUUGUUUGAUGAGUACUACGGCACGGUCAGUGCUGGAUACACACAAGUUGGAGACGUUGCGAUGGAACUUGACGAGUUUGACUACGAGCUCGGAGUGGCCAAGCCGGGACCCGAGGAGGGAACCGAGAUCAAAGGAGCCAGGCCAACAGCAGAGUAG